AUGCCGAAAUCAUUUCUAGUUCGAAUGCGUAGAGGACGUACCACUGAGGCAGCAACCCACCGGGAGAUUCAUAGUAAGAAAACGAUUUUUUUUUCCUCAUGUUAACCUUGGUGCUCAAUGGUUUGGAGUUAAGAUACGAUAAUUUUCCUGCAUUUUACUAAGUACCAAAAACAACUUUAUACAUCAUCUAUAAGUACGCUUUGAAUUAAAAUUAACGUAUUUUUCUUGUUUUGGGGCGUACGUAGUUAAAGGAGUAUUAAUUCGCAGGAUUGAGGAGCAUAGUCUGAUUGUAGUCAUUAAUUGCGAAAUUUUCUUUUGAAAAGACAACGAUCGAAGAAAAAAGGAAUAUUUUGUGAUAAUGGUUUGUGAUUUAUGUCGCACGAUACAGCAAGCUAUGUCUGGCCUUGUGGAAUUUUUAUAAUUUAAGUAUAUGAGAAAGAAAAAAACUGUAACAUACUAGGUCUCGUAAGCCGAAAGUUACGCAAAAAAACAAAAAAAGGUUAUCAAAAUUGCAAUGGGUGGAAAAAACGUCCUCAAAGCACUGCAAAAAAUAUUUAUAAUUAUUUCUAUUUUUUUCUGGUCUGUGUUAAUAAUUUAUUGCUUCUCUCGAAAAGUUUUUAUUUCUUUGAAAUUGUCUUUUGUUUGGUUUACACCCGACCGAGGGAACUGGAAAAAUUUGAUUUCCUGAGAAUUAUGAUUUCCUAAAAAAAUCACAGUUUUUAACGUACACUCUAAAGAUCGUUUGUCUUUAUCCGGAUAUGAGAUUUUGUUCAAUCAAAUGAAUCAAUCCAAGCUUAAGCUAACAAAACAGCAAACAAAGGUGAAAAGUCCUCUUAUUUGUACGACAAUGGCUAACUUCAUAAAGAAAAUUCUGAUUUAGUAUUUGCUCUUACACCGUUGAAAAAGUUCCGGUAUUAUUGAAGAUUUUAAUCGGCAGGAGGGCAAUAUAAGCCGAUAUUUACCUGUCAGGUUGACACGAGCUUAAAUUGUACACUUUUUGCUCUGCCGACCGUGUGAAAACAAUUUUUUUUCGCAUUCUGCUUGGACGAAACUGAUUUAAAACGGAUUGAGAGACUACAAAUCGUUGAAUAUACUUUUCGAGAAGUUAAUCUGCCUAAUAAGCUAAGUCCACUGAGUAAAUAGCAUGUGAUUGAAAAGGAAACAAAAGAUUUCGUCACCUGUUUCAUUCAAGCAGCAACCUAGAAUUAAUUCAAAAAUUUCAAUGCUUAUUCCCUUUGAAAUGUUAAGCUCCACGCUUCGGGACAAAGUAUUAGUGAAUUAAACACAUUUUCACUUGAACUGAGAAUCAGAAUGCUACUUAAGGUGUUGUCCUUGUGGACAGCUGACUCCAGCUUGACCCGUGUAAUGCGAUCCUUUGAUCAAUAAAAAUAAAACACAACUGAAUCGAGAGCAAGGCGCGUCAACAUUAACAACCACAAUUAUUGAAUUCAUAAAAAAAAGUCCGACUUUGUACAAGAGGUUUUUUUGAAACAUCACGUAGGAAAGAGAAUAUAUUUUCAUAGCAAAAAAGAGUUAGCAGAUUCUCCAACUAGAAAGCAUUUUUUUUAAACGGUGAUAAAGCUUCAUUUAAUGGCGUUUGAUUGCAAACAGAGAGGCCUUGUGUAAUUUAUAGAAUUUUUACCGGUAUAAAUCUCGGAUCCAGCCUUUUGCUUAAGGCUGGCCAGAUUUGAUCUUUCAGAAAAAGUUUGAAUAUUGAACCUUUCAAACAUUCACUGGAAUUAAGACCAAGCCCUGCCGUGCCUGUCUAGACUUAAGAAUUUUUCCAUGAAAAGUAACAUCUUCUAAGAUCUUCUAAUUUCGUAUUUUCUGAACUCACAACUCUAGUCCUUUAUCUGACGAACGACAGUGAGGACAUUUUGAAAACGAUCAGCGUUUUAACUUAUUUAAAAAGAAUAAAGAGUGAAAAUGAACAUAAAAAGCUAUUAGCAUGAUAACUAAAACUGUUUGGCCCGUGUGAAAAGUAGUUGCCGUUAAGCGAAACUAUCUAAGCAACAACAGUUACAUAUCUUUUUCAGGCUGUUUAUAUGAUAAAUUGUAAGUUGUUGUGACAUCAUCUGUCCUACUUGUGAAAAUCACAGUGAUAAAAACGUUUUGAACUGGACUUUCUUUACGAACAAUAUUCUAUUGACACCAAAUACGUGAAUGUCUUUGAGAGAGAACUGGAACGUCUGAAGUAGCUCGUAAAUACCCUGCAGUACCAGGCCCUGGUCAGAAAACUUAAUCUACCUCAAAAAUAAUGAUGCAGUAACAGGACAAACUUUAGCAUAACUAUUCUACUCCUGUGAAAAUGAAAUGAUCAGCAUGUCACGAGCAUGGGACAAAGAAAAAAUCUGAGUCCGCGACAGGAUUCGAAACUAUCACAUCCCAAACACUGGGCGGGCGCUCCAUCCACUUGAGCUGAUUCCCUCGCACAAAGCAAUGAUAUAAAGUGACUGGUACAACCCCAAGUACAUGCUUUAAUAAUGCCAUGUUCGCCGGUUAGUGGUUAGGAUACGCUUGCUUGGAGAUAAAUUUUGAAAAACUACGAAAGUACUUGAGCUGCAAUACUAACAGACUUAGUUCAGUUAUUGAGCCUAUAAUUGAGUAUAGAGAAGCCGUUGUUAACAUUUAGUGCCUUCAUUAUUCCCAUUUUACAUUCACAUUUUUUUUUCCUUACAGCAGCUUUGCAGUUCUAAAGAUGGUACGAAACGGAAGCAUAAGCAGUGUGUCUACAAACAAUCUUAACUCUUAGUGCAAAUAUUACUAGAAAUGUUUCCUCGUUCGUUGACAUACAACACAGAUUAUCCACGCGAUGAAAAAAAAAACAAUCAUACCUGCAACAUUAGUUUUCACAUAAAGCUGAUCUUAAUUUCUUUUUUUAGAUACAAAGCUUCAAGAAAGCAAAGACUUUCCCUUCAGUUUAGCAACAGGAAAAGGUUUCUUGGCAGAGCACAAUGAUUCAAAACUGUUGGACUUUUCCCGUGUCAAUGGCAGGGAGCUUUCUGGACCUAAGCUGUCCAUAGAUGUCAGGAAAAUCACGUUCAAUCCAGAAGGUGCAAAAAUUGAUGAAGCUGGAAAUUUGCAAAGUGCAAUUAGUCAGCGGUCCUCCAACAGCCAGGAGACGUUUGCAUGCAACACGUGUCAGAAACUGUUUUGCACACCGCAUGGUCUGGAGGUACACGUACGACGUACACACGCCGGAAGCCGUCCGUACGGAUGUGUAACGUGCGGCAAAACCUUCAGUCAUUACGUCAGCCUUGCGCAGCACCGAAAAACCCACUCUUCUGUAAAGAUAUUCGAAUGUCAAACUUGCGGAAAGCAUUUUAAACGUUCGUCAACUCUAUCCACGCACAUGUUGAUUCAUGCUGACAUCAGACCCUUCUCGUGUGAAUACUGUGCGAAAAGAUUUCAUCAGAAGUCAGACAUGAAGAAGCACAUGCUUGUUCACACUGGCGAAAAACCGCACAAAUGUCGACAUUGUGGCAAGUGCUUCAGUCAGUCUUCAAACCUUAUUACACACAGCCGCAAACAUCUUGGAUUUAAGCCGUUUGCUUGUCAGAAGUGCGGAAGGGCGUUUUAUCGCAAAGUGGACUUAAGAAGGCACAGUCAUGUCCAUCGGGGUGCUUUUUAUAGCAACAAUGACUUUGCAAACUUAUGUUUUGACCAGAAGCUCUUUUUUCCUGUGCAGCCAAAUCAAUGA